AUGGCAACAGGUUUACCUCUGAGAAUGGCCCAGGUACCAAGAACCUGUCAAAUUUGUGACAAAGAUACGAAACUCAAAUGGAAAUGUUUAAACUGUCAAUUUAUUUUGUGCAAUAGUUGUGGUCAGAGACAUUCAGGUGAUAAAAGCAGUGUUAACCACAAUGUUGUUAAUUUGAGAGAUAUAGAUGAACAUUCAUACUUAGGAGAUGUGAAAUGUUGGUUCCAUGUGAAAAAUAAACCCAAAGCUGAAAUGUAUUGUCUAGACUGUUUCCAAACAAUCUGUGAUAAUUGUCUGAAGAGAGCUCAUCGUAAACAUGAUGUUAGGAAACUUGAUGAGGCAUAUUCAAUGUUUACUGGAAAUUUGAAUUUAAACCACAAGAAAAUAAAAACUGAUAUGCAAUAUUGUGAAAAAGAGAAGAAUAAACUUGAAAAAAUAAUAUUGAGUCAUUGCAAAUCAUUUGAGGAGGAGAAGAGGAAAAUCAUAACAUAUGAUAUGCAUUUGAAGGAAAGAAUUACGCAGCGAACUGAGCAACUUUUGGAAGAGUUAGACGAACACUUUAGGAAAAGCAAAGCAAAAAUAACAGCUUCUUCUACUGUUAUAGAAAAUAGACUUUCAAUAUUAUCUGAAAAAGUUUCUUUGAUAGAGGAACACGAAAGAACAUGUAAGUCUGAUUUUGAUACUGUUAAGAAAGUUGCUAAAGAUGUUCAAACUUUUGCCGAUGAAGCUGAAAGUUCUUUCCCAAUUGCCCCAGUAAAUAUAAUGGCCAAGAAGUUUGUACUUAAUGAGACAGACAAAGAUUCAUCCGUUAUUAAUCCUGUGUUUGGAUUAUUAGUCAAUGUUGACAUAUUUGGCUCUGCUUCUAUUACUUGUGAAAACAUAGACUCAUAUUGCACUGAUUUACCAUCUAUAAAAUCUAUGACUGUGGAUGAGAAAAAUAACCUAUGGAUAGCUAGUUCAAAUGAUUCAAACUUACUAAGACAAGUUGAUUUCCAGAAAAAAACUAUAUUACAGGAAUUUAAAGAUAUGAAUAUCACUGACAUAGCCGUGAGUAAAAGAUGUAGUUUACUUUUCAUAAAAGACGAAGAUCCUACAAUUAAAGAACUGGACCCAAAAACAAAUAGAAUCAAAGAUUUUCACACAUGUUACAGUGCUGGUAUGCAGAUACAUGUACCGUCAGCCUUACAUGUGUGUAAGAAUAGCAAUGUGUUAGUCAGUACAGUUGAGAAAGGUGGGGACUUGUACAAAGUUGAAAAAUUAAGUCAAAUACAAGUUGUUGUUUUAUCAGAAUUUGGAAAAGUGUUAAGAAUGCAUAAGUUUUAUCCAGAGGGACGUUUUCUAUGUAUGAGACCAGUAAAGUUGACCUCUAAUGACUAUAAUGAGAUAAGUUAUUUGGGCAAGCUGUCUCCUCAGGCAGGAGCAUUAGUAAUAAUUGAUUCAAAGGGCAAAACAAAGGGCAUAUUGGAAAGGAAAGAUAAUUGGGAGUUUAAUCCAGUAGAUAUUGUAACAUCUAACAGUGGAAACAUAAUUGCCAGUGAAUCACAUGGUGCGCUAUAUAUAUUCAGUUAUGAAGGUGUUAUUAUUAAAAAACUGACCACAGAACACACAGGAAUAGAAUAUCCAAUGAGUUUAGGAAUAGACAAAAAGGGGCAAUUACUUGUCAGUUUUAAGACAAUAUUUCAGACAUAA